AUGUAUUUGUGGUUCACCACUACAAUACCAGUGACGACAACAUUCAUUACAAGUAUUACUGGUAGUAUUACCAUUGCCAGUGUAUUAUUAUCUUGUGCAGUAAGGAAAUCCAAACGUCCAUACAAGCCAGGGCAUUUACCUGAAUUUGUGGAUCCAAGCACAAAAGAAGCAGACACGUAUUACGGAAUGAGGAGUACAAUUGCAUUUCCAGUUAAAGGCAUAAAAAUCAAACGAAAACAUGAUCUCAAGGAGCAACAAGCUAGAGCAGAUAUUGAAUUAAAUCCGGAAACUAAAAACAGAAAUGAUCUGGAUGGAAGAAUCCAAUUAGGAAGUAUUCCAAUACGCGAAAACAGUAAACCGGCUUUGAAUGGAAGUAAAAAAGACGGGUUCGUGUUUUAA